CAAACGUGAAGAUGACCGAGCCGCGCUUUCUCUGGCUGAGCCUAAGCCUACUGCUCCUUCUUGGAAAAGCUAAAGCCAGCUGUGUUAUACCCAUAGCCACAAUGGCCACCAAUCAUGUGUUCUUAAGUUUCGAAAAUCGUGUCUGGGAUCUUUUGCACAGCGAUACAGUCGCAGUCUCUGGAAGUAUAUAUUUGCUUUGCGAUGAUGGGAAAUCCCCCCGCAAGUUCGAUUGCGAUGUCCACGGAUCAUUCAGUCCAGCUCUACCAACAACCAAUUGUGCUAAAGUAUUUAAACCGACUGUAAGGGAGGUUAACAAUGAUCCAACUUGCAUGACACCGCCAUUGGCAAUGUUCCUGGUUGGUUACAACUAUGGCGGUCGGUUUUUGGAAAUCUAUCGAAGCUGCUACGAUAAAGUGCAAUACGCAGCACAAUUUUCCAUUCACAUGGUUCACCGCAGCUUCGACUCCGCUUCCCGCCAUCCCUUGGGCUUCACUACGGACAAGGCAAUGACGGUUAAGGAAGCCGCCGCCUUUAAGAACGACAAUAUUUACAAUUGUUUCGAGGCUGACCUGGGACAAGGUCAGAUGUAUAUGGCCCAGGGCAGUUGCCUCUUCAAUCGUGGCCACCUCACGGCAGUCGCGGAUUUCCCCUUCGAGCAGCUACAGAAGGCCACAUUCAAGCUCCGAAAUAUCGUUCCCCAGUAUGCCGCUGUCAACAAUGGCAACUGGAAGGCUGUCGAAUCUUGGGUAAGACGAUUGUUGAAUCGCAAUAACUACGAUGUUGUGAAGGUCUGCACGGGGGCCCUGAAGGUGAAGCAUUUGCAGAACCAACAGACCAACAUAUUGACACCCAUUUUUUUACUGAACAACAAAAUUCCCGUUCCCGAGUGGACGUACAAGAUUGUGAGCCACCUCUCCGGGGCCAAAUACGUGGUGCUAACGUACAAUGACAUUUACGAAACCAGAAGACCAAAUCCCCGACCGAUCUGUCAAAUUCAAGCAUGCGAUUCGGAUCUGAACCGGGAUGGAAUGGGCUUCACUUUUUGCUGUAAGCCAACCGAAUUUAUUAGAGAUAAUUUGUUACAUUUGACUGGUGUUUGCUGAGGAUAAUAGAUUUAAAAAAAUUAAAUUGUUAUUUUGAAAAUACAAUGUACUCCCCCAAUUGUCGUGUUGGUCUUUACCUGGAUGACAAAUUUUUAACAAAGCAUGUCUCUAGAAAGAGUUGUGUUCAUAAAUACAGAUAUGAUUAAUAAAGAUUAAUAAAUUAAUGAUUCAUCAACAUA